AUGUUGAGCUGGUCCUCGAGAGACAAAUGGAUUGCAUUGGACCGGAUCCAGCUGGUGGAGGAUACCUGGGGUGAUAAGCUUGGUUCGAGGAACCGAAGUGUUGGGAAGCUCGGACCCAGUCAUAGGGUCUUUCUUUGGGCUACGAAAUCGGGGUUGGACGAUGGGUGGAACGUGUCUGGGCUUCAGAUGGUUCGGCUAGUAGUGUUGUUGGGCAUCAACAUCAGUGAUGUUGCGAUGAAGCUCCAUACUACUAUGUCCUCUUUCGCCUACUUUAUAAGCUCACCUCCUUCGUACCGUAGCGCGGGUCGGGAUGCCUCCUUGCGGUUCAGCGGUUGGGCUGCCAGACAGUUGCCAUGCCAGCUUUACUGUUAUCUUGUUGCCGCAAAAAGUAACCUCGUCAUACUAUUCGGCAUACUUGCUGAUUUGAGAACACCCACUGUACUAGUGGCUUUUCCUUACGCUCCCAAACCAACAUCUGAUAUCACUAAGUCUGAAGACUUAUGA